CCUCCUAUAAAGCGCUGCUCCUCAGUCAGUCUGACGGGGAAAUUUCACUUUUCUUCCCGGUGGGUGGUAUUUGCGGAGAGCGUGAGCUUGAUCCAGUACCAACAAGCCGGCGUACCUCCAACAGGAAAGAAUUUGCACCGGAUACCUCGUGUUCCAGCGCUAAAUUCGGAUCAAGCAUCAAAACGUCAAACCGCUCUGAUUCACCUCGCCUGUGUUCUUGCACAAACUCCCACCGAAAGGCCUCAUGAUGCAGAUCAAUUGCGACUCCGCCAGCAACAAGCACUCCCUCAUCAAUGUCAUGCACCGCUUCAUAGCAGCAGCAAACAACAUGGACGAAACUAUCAUGGUGCCCAGCCUGUUGCGGGACAUGCCGCUGGAGGAGCGGAUGUCAGGUAAGAUGGAGACCAACAACAACGAGCCGCAGUACCCCAACAAGCAGAGAGACAUGUACGAGCACUACCUCCUUCUCAAGUCUAUAAAGAACGACAUGGAGUGGGGCCUGUUGAAGAGGGAGAUGAGCAGCGGUGCCAGCUUCCUGGAAAUGACCGUCAAACAGGAGGAGCAGAAGCCGGUGACUGGAGACCUUACUCCUGAGGAAAACCAUGACCUAGAGAAUCAGUUCCACUACCACCUCCGAGGGCUGUUUGGAGUCCUGUCAAAACUCACAGUUCAAGCUGACCACCUCACCAACCGCUACAAGAGGGAAAUUGGCUGUGGAAACUUCAUCAGAUAGGAGCCAAACCCAAUUAUUUCCUUUAAUUUGAACUGAAUAACUUGCAACAGCGGAACGUGUCAUGAGAAUGGGCCCACCCGAUCCUCUUAAGAUCUUUAAUGGACAGCGAACUGACCAGGGCGACUGCUAUGACUUCUGAUUCCUGUCUGAGUAGCAACACUCCAACUCUUUUUGUCCUUCCUUGCUUUCCAUUGCACAUGUAAGAAAAAAAAUUGGUGAUUGAUGAUAAAGGUGCUUUCAUUGUUGGUUCCAAGAACUGACAUUUUGUGCUUAAUUUAUAGGUCACUAAGUUUGUAUUUGAGUCCAGAUGAAUCGCAACUGGGUGGAGCUGCACAAGAUUUUCUUGUCUUUCAUUUCAACUCUGAAUGUGGUUUGUCAAUCUGGGUGUCCGUGAAACAUUUCUGACUAGGUAGGAGAAUUUGGAAUGCUGGUUAUUCUGUCCCUCCUUUUGAAAUUUAAGUUCUAAGACCUUUUUAUCUGAAGCUUUUUUUUUAGACAGCUUGCCACUCAGUAUCUCUGUAACAUGGUGUGCCUUGAAUUUUUAUACCCUUUCAACCCCUGUUCAGUUGCCUCCUAUCUAGUCCACUGUCUGGUUUAAACAUGGUCAUCAAGACGUUGUAAUGAAUGCUACUCUUUUGUUUGUUUUUUUUUUUUCCUUGACUAUUUCAAAGGGUUUUUUUUAUAUUGAGCAGAAAUGCAGUGCAAAUAAAUAAAAGUUAUCUGAAAAAAA